GCUAAUAUCAUCGUGGGCGCGUCAGCUUCCUUCUUUUUCUUUUUUCUCACUGGGAUCAAGCACUCACGCCUCUACCCCCGACAGCUUUCCAGCUUCUCAGGUCGUCCUUGAUUCGCCCGUUACCAAGCGUAUCACUUUGAAGACUCCCUUCAUUUCAUCGCCUAUGGAUACUGUGACCGAGCAUUCAAUGGCCAUCUAUAUGGCUCUCCUUGGCGGUCUUGGUGUAAUUCACCAUAACUGUUCCGCAGAUGAACAAGCAGAGAUGGUCCGCAAGGUCAAGAGAUUCGAAAACGGCUUCAUCCUUGACCCGGUCGUAAUCUCACCCUCUACUACCGUAGGAGAGGCAAAGGCUUUGAAAGAGAAGUGGGGGUUUGGUGGCUUCCCGGUGACUGAAAGUGGAUCUCUGCGUUCUAAACUCCUCGGUAUCGUGACCUCCCGCGAUCUCCAGUUUCAUGCCGAAUUGGAAGACCCAGUCACGGCCGUCAUGGCCACCGAUCUCGUCACCGCAAGCACCGGUAUCGAGCUUCAGGAGGCGAACAACAUCCUACGGAAGUCAAAGAAAGGCAAACUACCGAUCGUAGAUGAGGAGGGCAAGCUUGUGUCCCUUUUAUCGAGAUCUGACUUGAUGAAGAACCUCCAUUACCCCCUCGCCUCAAAGCUUCCUCAGUCUAAGCAGCUUAUCUCCGCCGCAGCGAUCGGAACGCGUCCUGAGGAUAAAAUAAGAUUGCAGAAGCUUGUCGAUGCUGGCUUGGACAUUGUGAUUCUAGAUAGUAGUCAAGGUAAUAGCAUGUACCAGAUCGAAAUGAUCAAGUACAUCAAAGAAACAUUUCCCCAAAUCGAUGUAGUCGGAGGAAAUGUUGUGAGCCGCGAGCAAGCCGCCAACCUCAUUGCCGCUGGUGUAGAUGGUCUACGCAUCGGCAUGGGUAGUGGUAGCGCCUGCAUCACCCAAGAGGUGAUGGCCGUCGGCCGGCCGCAAGCCGCUGCCGUGUUCAAUGUCACCUCAUUUGCAGCCCGUUUCGGUGUGCCCUGCAUCGCGGAUGGUGGUAUUCAAAAUGUAGGCCACAUCGUCAAGGGCCUCGCUCUUGGCGCUACGACCGUCAUGAUGGGUGGUCUCCUUGCCGGUACGACUGAGUCUCCUGGGCAAUACUUCGUCAGCCGCGAGGGUCAGCUCGUCAAGGCAUAUCGCGGGAUGGGCAGCAUUGACGCCAUGGAAGACAAAAAAGCUGGCGCUGGCGCCAAAGAUUCAAAGGCCAGCAACGCCGGUACCGCGCGCUAUUUCUCCGAAGGUGACCGUCUACUAGUUGCACAAGGCGUGUCUGGCUCUGUGCUCGAUCGCGGAUCCAUUACCAAGUUCGUGCCGUAUCUCAUGGCCGGUGUGCAGCACUCGCUGCAGGACAUUGGCGUGGAGAGUCUGACACAGCUGCGCGAAGACGUCGUGGCAGGUAAGGUGCGAUUUGAGCUUAGGACUGUAUCAGCACAGGCCGAGGGCAACGUGCACGGUCUGCACAGCUUUGACAAGAAGUUAUACUCGUAGAGAAGAAAAAGAACCAAAAGUCACUUGCGGCGUAGGGCGCUAUAUAUAUGGGACAGGAUGUGUGGAUGGCAUUUGUGUAUGAUUGU